CUUUUUUCACGUGACCGUCAGAUGGUCUUAUAAAGGUUUGUUCGGACUUCAUCCCUUUCAUCAACGAAACCAAUCCUAAAUAUCCUCAGUUGAUCUAGUAAUAUCUCACUCUACAUCUUCUCAGUUAAUUGUCUCCUGGCUAUUGUUCUGAUAACCCCAUUCCUUUCCCUCUCUACCUUCCAGUCCUUCAAUAUGGACCCCACCCUGUUCAUCUACGAUAUUAACAGAAAGGCGGAGAUCCAACAGUCAGCGCAGACCGGUGAUAGUCUGUUACAGGAAUAUAUUGAGACUUUACAGCUCUUUGCAAAAGAUAAAGAUACUGUCAUUAUGCACUCCAACUACAGUCCUGAGUCCGCCCAUAUUACGAUCGACUCUACACCUGUGAAACAGGACGAGGCUUCCACUACCUCCUAGGGACGUUUCAUCCGUUAUCAUGACGGCCAAGGCCCAACAAUCAACCAAAGCCUCUGACGUACAACCUUGCAUUUUUCCACGACCCUUUUCCAAUCAUGAAUACAUCACUUCAACAUGCUUAAAUUCUCCGACAAAAGCCAAAGGAAUGAAAUGACGGAUUAGCCGGCCCUGUGGAGUAGACUGGGAAAGCGAAAUACCUCUCUGUUGGUUGUGAGGACAUGACUGGCAUGUCGCACGAUCAGCUUGAGAAGGUCUUUUGCCGGUUAUUAGUCUUGAAAUUCCUGUGCAGUUCCCUAAUAAGAACAAUUAAUCCGUCGCAGAAGAUGACCAGUUGUUUCGUUUUGUUUAAUAGCUUGAUUCUGUACAUGUUCCAUGCAAUACCAAAGAUGGUUGAGCAAUAUCGCAACCAAAUACUUAACUAAUGGUUUAGAA